AGUCAAGUUAAGGACAUUUAGAAACAGGUUUUCUACACUUUCAAUGUGUGUUUUGCGUAUUUCCAGCGCUGACUGAGGCACCACGUCCUGAUAGGCUCAGAGAGCAGCGGUGCCACAUCCUGCCCACGGGCAGCAGCUUAUUUCUGCUGGAGGUGCUCGUCCUGUCCACGGCUCUGACAUCCCACUCGACCUGACCCGCUCUAAUCCACACAGUCAUUGUCGCGUCGCUCAACGAGGUCCCGGUCGAUCACUUCGUCUGGCUGCGUCCUCCCGAGCGCACGUUUCAUCCGCAGGCGCGCAGUCCGAAAAGCUGGCGUGAGAGAAAGUGAGGAGGGAUUGUGGGAGGUGGUAGACAAAACACACACACACACACACACACACACACACGCACACACACACACAGGAUCACACAGACAAACACACACACACACAGACAAGCUCCAGCUGAACGGGAUCCAGGCUUGUUUACCCAGUGCCGGGCACAGAGGAGCACAGCCAGAGGAGCGCGGAGUGUGGGGGCGUCUGUCCGUCUGUCAGCGCGAUGUCAGCGGCUACAGCUUCUGUGGCAGAUGUGUCCAGGACCGACGGGACAUACAGAGAUGGAGGUCGACGCCAGAAUAACUCAGGUCAGUCCCAGGCCCAGUGCAGACCCAUGCCACUGCCUGCCCUGGGAACCCAGAAGAUCAUCCAGGGCAAUGGCACCAAUGUGGGCACGGUCAUAUCGCUGCAGUGCCCGGCCAAACACAAACUGGUGGGGAGAGAGCUAACGUGUGUCAUGGACGUCAACAGCACCCACUGGGACGGGGAGAACUACUGUACACCUCUGGCUCCCUACGAGGGCCAUGGUUUCCGUGUGGCCGUGUUGGCGUCCAUUGUGAGCUCGGCCAUUAUCCUCCUCAUGUCCAUGGCCUUCAUCACCUGCUGCUUGCUCGACUGCAUCAAGGAGGACAAAAGGAAAAAGCAGGAGAGGGAGUCAGAAGUGUGGCAAUUGGAGGAGCCGACUCAACACCAGGGGGACAACAGGUCUCACUACAGCCACAAAGGCAGGAACAACAACAACAACUCCCAGGAGAAGACGCUCUCUCUGUGGGACUCCCACAGCCCAGCCGGGUGUGACAACAUGCAGGCCUGCAGAUGUCAUCAGGAGUACUCCUAUGGACUCGUCUGCACAUAUGGCCCCGCUGCUCCGCUCGCUGCUCUCCCCGGGCCCGGCUACGACCAGCCUCUUUUACCACGAAAUCCAGAAUCUGUGCAGGUCUCCGGUCCACCUCAGUACCCUGGACCUCCUGCCUCCUCCUUUCAAACUGCGAGCCCGCGCAUGGUCCAGAUCUCAACAGCGGGGCCUGGGGUGGCGUGGCAGUAUGGGAGACAGGAAAGCAGCUCUGCACCUGCAGAGGAGAGCAACUCUAGGAAUUUAAACCCUGCCAAAGAAUUCUCCAUAAGGAUUAUAUCAGUGUGAGGACAUGUUGCACAGGAGGUGAAUGUCGUUUAAUGACCAAAUAUGUACAUCAGUGUUAUGAAUGAGGACUAUUGGAAGUGGUAACUCAACAUUAAUGUGUGAACUUCUACAGUGUGAUGGCUUUACAGGCUCAGACGAACGUGCCUUUUGUAAACUGUAAUGGCACACUGCCCUCUGCCUGACGAGAGAGGCCGGUGCACUUCCAGGACACCAGCCUUGUCGGGACGACACGCCCUGUAAUUAGAAGCUCGAGGGAUUUUCUUGACCUCAAUCGAACUUAAAUUAAAUGGUUGCUAUGAGGUUUUGCGAUUGAGGUGUUUAUGGGGACAUAUAGUUCACAACACACAGAAAGCGGGUGAGGAGGUUCUCUGAAAAACAAAUGUCAGGGCAGUAAAAUUCCCUUUUCCCUGCAGGAGGAGAGCAGCUGGAAGGCACUGGACACUGUUUGUAGAUAUAUUUUUCUUAAGGAAUGUAAAUCAAUUAAAGACAAUGUGUAAAGAGAGCAGUCGUGUCCUUCUGAUGCAAACUCACAAAUCAACUUGAUGCAGCGGCUGCAGUGCAGUGGUUUCCACUGGUCUGUGUAUCGAUGUACAGGUUGAUGACAAAUUGGAGGAAAAUGUGAAUAAAUACGUGGAAACAAA